GAUGCUACUCAAAUACCAGGUGAAGAAGACGACCAGAACUUUAACUCGGCGUGCUUGAGAUUUGAGGAUGCCGGGCACAGAGGGCACAGCUCAGUUUUGUGGGUGUAAGGGGAUCCGUUCGUGCUUGAUAUGCGAGCAGUUUGGCAGCAAAGUGUCCAAGGCGGCUGAGCAGGUGCAAAAGGUCAUCUUCAAUUAUGACUCUGCAACAGGUUUUGCCGUUCACAAAGCUGAUACUGGUCAAGAGGCUUUGUCAUUUUCCUUUCCUGGUAUCAUCCUGUUAAAGGACUUUGUAAGUGAAGAGGAGGAAAUGGAGUUGGUAAGACUAAUGGAUUUAAGCGAUUGGAAGAAAUCACAAUCUGGGCGAUUUAAGCAGGAUUAUGGGCCCAAAGUGAACUUCAAAAAGCAGAAAGUCAAGGUGGGGAGUUUCAGUGGGCUUCCUAGCUUCAGCCAGAAUGUCAUAGAGAGAAUGAAAAAGUGGCCAAUUUUAUGUGGUUUUCAGCCUGUUGAACAGUGUAAUUUGGAUUAUCAUCCCAGCCGGGGUUCUGCUAUUGACCCUCACUUUGAUGACAACUGGUUGUGGGGUGAGCGACUUGUCAGCCUAAAUCUGUUAUCUCCUACAACACUUUCUAUGAGUAGUGAUUCUGAUGACCUCUUUUCCGUCUCUGUGGGACAUAUGAGUGAUGGACAUCAAGCAGUUCAGAACCUUCCUGCUAGCAAAAUAAAAGUGAAGAUUCAUCUUCCUCAAAGAUCACUGGUUGUUGUAUAUGGAGAUGCUAGGUUUAAAUGGAUGCAUGCUAUUCAGAGACAAGACAUCCUUCAGCGUCGCAUCUGUAUCACCUUCAGGGAGUUGUCGCCAGAUUUUCUCCAAGGGGGAGUACAUGAAAGUCUUGGUUCUCAAUUACUGGGUAUUGCCCAGGGAUUUCAGGGGAUGCCACUGUAAAAGAUGCCUUUGACAAUUUACUUGCAAAAGGAAGUGUCUUGGAGACUGAAUUUGUUGGCAUUAUUUCCUGAGCAGAUGUAUGCUAGGUACACUCAUGAAGAAGUGUGCCUUUUAAUUAAAAGGCUAUGUAAUCAAAACUUCUUUUGAAAAUUGGCCUGAGGAAACCUUCACCUCCAAGGUUAACCAUCAUUAUGGUCAAUUUUUAAAAAGACGGACUCCACAUAGUCAAAUUAAUUUUAUUUUUUUACUAGGUGGCUGUUUUUUUUAAAAUGCAACUAGUGUGGUUUACUUUAAAAAUCAGUAAAGACUUUUUUACAAUGAAGCAAAUUCAUAAAGAUGAUAUUUUGCUUUUAUUUUUAAAAUAUUUCUAAUAAUUGGGGAUUCAUGAAUAUUUGAAUGGAGUGUGUGUUUGUGUGUGUUGGGUAUACACAAAUCAAGUAAGAAUGAAAAGGCUUACUGUAGGAAUGACCUAAAUGAGGGAAACUGUCUAAUUAAAAGAUUACUUUAAAGGCAAAAGUUGAUAUUUCAGCAAGAAAUUGAUACAAACUAAAGCCAGAAGGCUAUAUGAGUAGUUUACAAAAAGAAUGAGUUUAACACAACACUGUUAUUUAUGUGCAGUACCAAUGAAAUGGCUUCCUCACAUUUUUGAAGUUUCAUAUGUCCCACCGUAUGAGUAAAAUCACUAACUACAGUAUAGCAAGCUUUAGUAUUGUACAUGAAUUUGGAACUUGUUGGAAUGAAGGCACAACAAAGACAAUCAUACCACAAGGAACCUGGACUUCUGUUCUGAAGAGCACACAUUUUUAGAACAGUAGUUCCAUAUUACCAUGCUUUCCCACUACAUCUAUAGUGUCUUUAUGACACCUGCUUAAUCAUGCUUAAAAAAGGUAUGGAGUCACUGGGGGCCAGAUGCCAUCCUGGCAGCACUGAGCACAAGACUAUCGCAAGAGUUACUAACUCAUACACAUGCAAAUUGGGACCAAUUUAGAAUCACCGAUUAGUCUUGCCUGCAUAUGUUUGAGAAUGUGAGAGAAUAACCCAUGCAGACACAGAAUGUGCAGAAUCCAUAUAGACAAUUACUGAAUGAGAUGUUGAGUCCAGGAUGCUGCAUAAAUGGAACAGCCAUGCUAAACACUGUCCUGUGCUACUGUGUGGCCCACUGCUGUCAGCUGUUUGAAGUAAUGUUCGCAAGGGUCCGGGUUUUAAAAUUAUUCUACCUUGUGUACGUUUUAA